CGUUUUUCUCCUUUUUUCUCGCCGCUUUCCUGCUCGUUUGUCGACGUAGAAGGACGCCCGUGCGAAUUCUCCUUCUGCUCGAACUGCAAAUUGACUGCGAAGCUACAACUAUCACACAUCUCUCAUCCCAAACUUGUUUUCUUUUCAAUUUUUUCCGCUGCUGUGACAACAGCACGAAUCGCAUGUCCUGCCUUUCUGCCAGCCAACCUCCUGACCUCUUAUCUGCCGUUCUUCCUUCCAGGUCGCAUUCCUCCGACAUUUUCGUCCUCGAAUCGCGCCUGCCCUUUUGCGCUCUUCUUUCUCAUUGCUCCCUUUCCUCCUCACUGUUCCCGUGCACUGCAACAUCUCCCAGUCCAGUUUCUCAUCCCCUUUUAAGCCUUUGAUCUAUACAGCAAGCGAACGGUGCAGAUGUAUCCAUAUAUAUAUAUAUAUAUAUAUUCGUAUGUAUACAAGCGCCUACAUGGGAGGGUGUUGAGGUGCAUGCAAAUGCCUGAGACUGUCUGUUUACAGGAAUAGAGAGAUAGUGUAAGUAGGUGGUUGCAUGCGAUUUCUCAAAACCAAUCGUAUGUGCGAAGAGGCGAAAUGUACAUCCGUUCUCGUUCGUUUCGACUCUUUUGAGGUAUCCUUUCUUCCACCCAGAAACGCGUUCCGGUUCGCUCAAGAUGCAAAGUCACGCUCAAAUCCUUGGCUGGCACAGACUCGCCGUCGCACCCUCCCUGCAAAUUUUCGUGGAAGGAAAUCGACUUCUCUUCAACGCAGGAGAGAACGUUCAGAGGUUCCACUUGGAGCACAAACUGCAUCUCGCGAGGACGACAGAUGUUUUCGUGACUUCUGUCGCCGCAGGCACUUCUGCUGGUCUCCCAGGACUGCUUCUGACUCUCGACGGCGCGGGCGUCGCCGAGCGGCCGCGCGACCUGCGCCUCUGGGGGCCUCCCGACCUGCCGGACUUCCUCGAGACGACCUCGCGAGCUUUCGCUGGCUUGCGUCACAUCAACUACGAGUACCAUCUUCCCCCGUCGUCGUUCGCCACCGACUCUCGAUCAUCAGGCUCUCCUCUCUCGUCUUCGACUGACGGCUGCGAAACCGUCGGGCAAUCAAAUCCGUCGACAUGUCGCCGAAAUGCCCCCUCGUUUUGCUCCUACGGUGAGCGACCUUCCACGCCUUCUUCCGCUUCCCCCUCUUCCCCCUCUGCUUCUGCCUCGCCACCGUCUGCUGCUCCCUCGUCUUCUUCACUUUCUUCCUCGCGCGAAUCCUUCUCGCAAGCUUCUGUGUGUUUGGCGGGAGUUGCAGCUGGAAAUGUGCAGGUACACGCGUAUCUGCUUCCCCACUCGCUUUCGACAAAGGAGCCCCGAUCCUCCCUUGGAGCCUUGUGGGUGUCUCCGAAUGGCAGAGAGGAAGGAGAGGGAGACGCGUGGAGAAACGACGCUUUUUCGCGGGUGGGAACGAGCGCGAUAAACAACUGGGGAAAUCCGCUUUUCGGCGACGAGGCCGAGGAGAGCGACUGCGGACAAAGUUCCGGAGAGGACCUGCGAAAAACGCACCAACCUCGUGGCGCAGAAGAACAGAAAACGAACGAAGAAUGCAACGAAGAAACGGAAAGGAAGAAGCAACGGAUCUUGUCCCCUGACGAAGCGAGACAGUCGACGUCUUUUCCCGCCACACGCAACGGCGACUCAAGCCGAGAACUGCGUGUGGGUUCUUCUCUUCCUUCUUCUCUUCCUUCUUCUCUUCCUUCUUCUCUUUCUUCUUCUCCUCCUUCUUCUCUGCAUUCUGCUGAGUCGAUGCCGACAGACGCGGGAGGGCAGGUCCGGACCGACUUUGGUGGAGAGAAGGACGAGGACGAGAGAAGGUCAACAGAGAAGAAAGCCGGGCAUCUGGGAGUUUCUAAAUGGCAGGGUGAACAGCGAGACCAGCCGCGCGACUGCGUCGCCUACGUUUUAUCGUGGCCGCAGAUCCCUGGGAGAUUUUUCCCCGACAAAGCUAAGGCGCUGAGAGUCCCCGUUGGCCCUCUCUUUGGUCGGCUGAAAAACGGAGAAUCCAUCGAAGUACCAGGCGAGGGAAGAAUUGUGACGCCAGACCAAGUCUGUGGCCCAGGGACGCCGGGUCAGAUGGUUCUUGUCAUCGAAUGUGUGGAGCCUCAACAAGCGACGCUUGCGCUGGAACGACUAAAGGUUGACCUUGACCGCCUGACGUUCGUGUUUCAUAUGACACCGCCCAGCAUUCUUCACUCGGAGGAAUAUGCGCGCUUCGUUAAAGCCGUGACAGGCUCCUUGACUCGCCAUGUCAUCGUCAAUCAGUCUGGAUCGCCCGUCGAUGUCUCGCCGUUCGUCCACGCGUCCAAACUUCGGCGGUUUCUUCACGACCUCAUUCCCCCUGUGUUUCCCUUCCCUUCCUCUCCUGUUCCGCUGUCCUCCACGCCUUCGGCUGUCUCGGGCACUCUGUCUCACCCUUCGUCGCUUUCUUCUCCGAGAGUCACGCAGCCGUUAAGCGACCUCUGGGGCGUCGAGGACGCACGCGUCGUCUACCCCCGCAGCCUUGUCAAGUUUGAUCUGUCGACCUUGGAAAAGCGCGGCACCCACACCUCUGGAUGCCUCACCGUUUUCGGGCCUCAGUUCUCUCCCGAGCGCCUGAGUCGUCUAACGGCUUUGGAGGCGACGGGUGCACGCUGUCGGGAGAUUCUCUCAGCACUGCCAGAGCAAUCGACCUCUUCGUCCUCCUCAGCAGGCGCGGCGUCUCCAGAUUUGUCGUCUGCGGCCUCGCCCUCUGCUCUGCCUUGUUCGUCUUCCUGGUCGUUUCCAUCCUUGACGCUUCUGGGCACCGGCGCAGCGGCACCUUCGCAGUAUCGAAACGUUUCUGGUCUCCUCGUGGCGAUUCGGAAGGACCUUUCGCUCGUCCUCGACUUCGGUGAAGGAUCCCUUGCACAACUGUACAGCAUGUGCCACUCCUGGGAGGAGUUCCUCAGCGUUAUUUCCUCGAUUCGCGUUGUCUUCAUUUCCCACUGUCACGCUGACCACCAUCUCGGCGUUUGCUGUUUGCUGGAAUUUCGGGCAGCGAUGUUUCCCGAGCUCUUGCCUCCUCUCAUAAUCGCGCCGGCCAAAUUGCAGGCAUGGCUACGCUUUUACGACUGCCGAGUCACCCGCAUUCCUCACCGCUUUCGAAGCACAGAAACGAUCGUCUGCGGCCUUCCUGAGACAUCUCGAGAAGUUGAAAAAAACGAGGAGCGAGCCUCUGCAUUUCGAUCAAUGUCUCACCUUCUUGGCGUCGAGGCUGGCGACUUGAGACUGCGCGCGACCCCCGUGGAACACAUUCCCCACUCUUUUGGUCUCCGCGUGGAUUUUGAAAUUCCUGCCUCGGAUGCCAAUUCCCGUAAGGACUUAAGCGUCGUCUACUCCGGCGAUACACGGCCGUGCCGGCAGCUUUUUGAUCUGGCGCGUAACGCCACGGUACUCAUUCAUGAAGCAACAUUUGAAGAUGCUUUGAUUCAGGAGGCGAUUGAAAAGCGUCACUCAAGUCUGAGUGAAGUCGUCCGCGGCGCGCUGGACUGCAGGUGCGCCAAUCUGGUUCUCACGCACUUCAGUCAGCGCUACCCGAAGAUCCCAGUACUGACACUCGAAGCAGGGGGAGAUGCGUUCCUCGUGAGCGGCAACACUGUGGAAGAGAAUGCAGAGAAAACGAACGGCAAAGGUGUUGACGGAGAAACGCGUUGUACGACGAAGGCACCCGUCACGGUAUUUUCAAAGCAAAAGCGUGAAGGAGACAAAGACCCUAUGCACAUUCUGUUUGCAUUUGAUUGUAUGAGGCUACCCUUGAAGCACCUACAGGAGCUCUCCCAGUGUCUCGAGCUGUUGCCCCCCGUCAUCAAUCAGCUUUUUGCGUCGGAGUAGAUAUCAGAGAUGCUGGUAUGUGUCGGGGCGAUCAAGUCUCGUAUUUGCCUGCCUCCUUCCGCCUCUUGCUUCUCUCUGUUUUUUUUCUUUACCUUCUGUCGCUUUCUAGUUCGCACCCUAGGUGUCGGCUCCGCGAGGCUUUCGGUGGAACAGUUUGUAAGCCCAUGGCGAUUCUGGCAUUUGAAGACUCGUGCAAAGGGCGUGAAACAACAACAGCAACUAAAGCGUGUUCGUACGCUCCGCGGGAACCGAGAGGAGCCGAAAAGUACGUGUGCCGGCGCUUUACAUUUAAUGUGGGAACGUAUGCGUCACACAGCUACGGUGUUUGGUGGCAUUUCUCGCAUCCUGCGGAACGAACGGCUUGUGGAAGUAACCAAUUACAACCAGGGAUGAUAAAUAUCACCCUCCCUCG